AUGUCUCAUGCCAUAGAGCAGGUGGCGGCACUGCUAGCGGCGGCGGCUGGUGAUGGCGGCGUGGGUGGUGGCAUGGGUGGCGGGAAACUGGAGGUGGAGGUGGGUGGCGGCGGCGGGGCGGCGACGGGCGGCGGGAUUGUGGACACGGUGGCCAACAACAGCCAGAUCAUCGUGUUACCCGGAGAGGCCGCCAAGCUGCCCUGCCCUAUACCCUCCGACGUGUACGGCUCUCGUGUGUCAUGGGUCAGACGGAAGGACAUGCAGCUUCUGGCCAUGGGGGAGACGCAGUAUACGGGCGACCACCGCAUCUUCGUGUCACACUCCAGACACUCUCACAAGAAGGACUCCCGCCACACACAGAUGUGGUUCCUACACAUGUUGAACGUCACGAAGAACGAUGAGGGAGAGUACGAGUGCCAGACGUCCACACACCCACCCAUAUCCUUCAUGACCUUCCUAAAAGUCCAGACGGCACGGAGCGAGAUGCAGGGACCCAGUGAACGCGUGGUGGCCGCCGGCAGUAGACUGAAGUUGGUGUGUACUAUCAAGGACAUCUCUAAGACCCCUCCCUUCGUCUUCUGGUAUCAAGGCACCAGGAUGAUCAACUAUGACAGCACUAAGGGCGUCCAUAUCACCUCUGAACAGGGUCGCAGCGUCCUGGUGGUGCCAUCGGUGUCAGACGAGCACGCAGGUAACUACACCUGCAGCCCCGCCAACGCCAGCCCUUCCUCCGUCCUCGUUCAUGUCGCUGUUGAGACGACGGAAUCUGGGGCCCCGAGCCGCCGUGGCCAGAAGGAAGUGGAGGAGGCGGACAAGACGCCGGUGCGGCAGCUAGGGGUGAAGAGUGCCUCCUCGGCCGGCCCUCGCGUCCUACCUCAGACCCUGGCACUCUUCCUGCUGGCACUGCUCCUCCUUGACGCCCUCACAUUCCCAAGGGUCUUCCAGCGUAGCUUGUAGAGCGCCAGCAAGCAGCCUCGCCCGCCUCUCUCGCCGAGGUUUUUUCGAAGUGCCGAUGUGAUAAGCCUUGGUGUGUGCAUCCUGGCAACAGUGUAGUGUGCUUAGCGCCACAUAGUCCGUAUACUUUCAUAUACUAUGAAGAAAGACACAGUUGUACAUAAAAAUGAAGUUUAUAUAAAGCAAAACUACUCAAGGAAAAUAUACACUAUUUAUAUACGAACAGUGAGUGGAGUGUGCGAAAAUGUGCAUUGCCAGUACGACGUCACGGAUAAAACUUGUCAGUGUGGAGGGCGCGAGCUGACUCAGAGAAUAUUGUACUCUGGAACACGGAACUAAAUGAAACACCGACCUUGGGUUGGCUCCCCCCGCUCCCCUCACACACACAUUAGGAGCACAGUGAACCAAAGACAAUUAAGAAGCUCUACCUUUUUGAUGUUCACUUGAUCUUUAGUCAAUGGCUUGUUCUUCAUGAGCAUUUAGGUUCUUCCGAGUUUGCUGCAGCGACUCUUGCUGGCAGAGGUACGGUAAUACUCGUUCACAAGGGUACGAUUCUUCUCGUGAUACCGGCCACGAUAAUGUCCGUGAACAUGGGAUAUACAGUGUCGAUGUUUUCCUGUGUUGCUCGUCAUAAUGAACGUGAUAUUAGUGUGGAAUGUACAUUUAAAGAUGUAUUUAUGGGAAAUCUGUUGUAUUCUACAAUGUAUAAUACCUUUUUACACAAAAAAAGGAGUUCCUAUUGUAUUAAAAGAAUGUGAAAUACUGGAAAGAGCUGGGAUUCAUAGUCUUAAGUACAAGGAUUUUUAAAAAGAUCCAGCCUCUACCAGAGACAGUGAUUCACAUAACACUGACGUAUCUUCGAGGUGUGUUGUCGUACAUAUACAGUAACUUCUUUGUGGAGAGGAAGACACUACAUGGUGGCAGAGAUGUGAGCGAGGCCCAGAUAAGUGAAUCAGAAAGAUGAUAUUGACGUUCUGUACAAAGGCAAGCUGUGUUGUGACUAAUGGAACUGUUUUGGUGUCGAUAUGAUUGUGGCCUGAAGAACACUAUCACGAUUAUAGAUGGAAACAGACCUUGGAUUUAGUUGCCUGAUUGUAGUGCGUGUCUCCAGACUGUGUGUUUAUAUUUCAAAGUUUAAAAAAAAUAAAUAAAAGGAUUAUAUUGAAACGGAGUUAAUUAUAUAAACGUUUGGUUAAAUCAAACGCGAGAAUUAUAUUUGUUAUGAAAAUAGUUUGCCCCCACACCCACUCCACCCCCCCCCACCCAACAUACAUCACCACGAGUGACUGUUAAGAUCCAGCAUAACGCAGAGUGAGUGUGUCGGGCAUUGAUGUCUACGUAAUGCUCCUGCUGACGUCAACCAUCUGCCUGUUGCCCUUAACCAUCUGACUGUUGCCGUCAACCAUCUACCUGCUGCCGUCAACCAUUUGCCUGUUGCUGUCAACCAUCUUCCUGCUCCCGUCAACCAUCUGCACCCUCUACCUCUCUCUCCUCUGGCCAUCUUGUUGAAGUGUUCCAAAUUAGAAAAAUAUAUUCCUUGCUUAAACCCUCUGACUUGAGAUAAUACAGUAUGUCUGUUUUUUAUUUACUACGGUGUAACAGAUAAAAAACAAAAUUAGUCUUUAGAGAAGUCACGAACAAUCCCUCACAGGGCAGUUCGGUGUUUGUGUUGAGGAGAAAAAUUCAUAUUUAGGAGCAGAUAAUCCGCUGUAAGAGGGUUAAGCAGCCUGAUGAGAGAGUGUUUAUCUGCCCUGGUGGAUUGAAUAUAAAACCCCUAAUGGGUGUAUAUUCUGUCUGAACGACUCAAGUACCACUUCAAGGAUGAUUAUACUAAUCUGGAGGAAACAUCAUUCUUCAAAAGGUCAGUUAUUAAAGAGUGGAGGACUGAAUAUACCUCGUGCUAUUCACUUCAACUUUACGAGGUAGUUUGUUUUGCCUGAGGUCCUCGCCAAUUACUCAAGAAUUUAUAUUUUACACCCUUAUGAAAGACCUGUUGGGUGCUAUAACAAGCACUUUUUCCAUCAAAUAAUAAACUGUUUUGAGUACGGAGGCGAUGAUUCUGUCUAUAUCUGUCAGUGUUUCUCCAGUUACCAGUCUAUUGUAAGCCUUCAACUCUUAAGAAACAACUACAAGAUGGUGAGAGCUGACUUGGUUGUAAGGUUUAGUUGUCAUAGUUUUAGUAAGAGGAGUAAAUACUUGAUGAGGAGCGUCUCAGUUUAGACAAGAAAUUAAACGCUUCAGAGAUUUUUUCUGGGUAAAUGAACGAAUGAAGCACUUAAGGGAUACUUGACAAGGCCCUGAAUACAAGACCAAUAACCAAGACACUGCUGCUCGGGUCCAGGGAACUAAACACAUAUAUAAAGAACACUUACCUGGAGUAAUAGGACUGGAGGAGCCUUGCAGGGUUGACUCUUUAUAAUUAAAAAAAAAUGGAAAUCUAGUUAAACAAUAAGGAUAUAAUUCUCCUACUGUGAAGAAUAUUAAGAUGCACCGAAUUCUGAGAUCAAUACAGCUGUGAAAAUCAGUUGCUUACGUAAAAUUGCUAAGCUGUAAUAUAUUCUGUAAUAACAUAAGAAGUUAACAAUCUGUUAUCAACAAAACUACUUACUAUAAUGAAGUAAACAACAAUGAGCAUCAAAAUAACAUUAUUCCUUUAUCCUCUACUUGACAUGAUAAUCGGACGUGUUAGCAUUAUAAUUCGCACGAACUUUCAGUUGGACGAUCUCGGCAACUGAGAUUCCACAUUAACUAAAAGCGUGAUUGUCCAUACACCGUCAUUCAUUAAGCUCUGUUUGUGUUUCGUUAGCGUUAUCCGUCAAUUUAACCCCGGGUGGUGGGUGAUGGCCAGUAGCAGGCAGGCAGGCAAGCAGGCACGCAGGCAAACAGGCAGGCAGCAAGCAGUGGAUGGCGGUGCAGACGUGGGGGACACAGUCAUCUGAGUCUUCUCCCACUCUCUCUCUCAUCAACCAUUUUCAUGAUCCAAUCUCCCAUGUUUACUGACGCGGUAUUUGAUGACUAGAGAAAUAAAAUAAAAUAAAUAAAAAAUUAAAUAAAAAACAAAAAAGAAAACUCUUUCUAGAUGUUCCAAUUUAUUUUUAUGUUCAAAGUGUUAUGAUAGCAUCAAAUGUUAUAUUAGGAUGUCCUUGUCCCUGUUUUGUAUGAUAAUAUAUUGGAAAAUAAAACGUCAAGUGCUCA